ACUCAGCUGGGCUCGGGAGCGCGCGGCGCGGCUCCGCCGGGGCUGUGGAGGCGAGGUAGCGGCUAGACCCGAGCGCCGCAGGUGACCCGGGCGGGGAGUCCGGUGCGCGGGGCGGGCGGAGAAGAAGCGGGCUGGAGGCGCGUCCCCGUCCCCCCUCUUCGCUUGGUUGUCUUCCAGCCUAAGGCACUGGGCUGAGGGGACACGGCGAGCUCCCAGACGCGCGAGGCUCCCGGACAGCCUGCGGCGCUCGCGGCCCUCAGCAUGUUCGGUGAGGCGAGGCUUUUCCUCCCGCCCGUGGGCUGAAGCGGCGGCGGCGGCGGCGGCGGCGGCGGCGGCGGCCACGCAAGCGAGAUGCACCUGCCGGGCUCGGCUUAGAGGAGCGUCCGGGCCGCCAGCGGGAGAGCUUUCGUCACCCAGCCCCGGCGGCGACCGCGGGCCCGAGCCGCAGCGACGGGUGGGCGCACCGACAUGGCGGCUCGGAGCGCCCCGAGCUGCCACCUGCGGCUCGAGUGGGUGUACGGCUAUCGGGGCCACCAGUGCCGCAACAACCUCUACUACACGGCGGCCAAGGAGAUCGUGUACUUCGUGGCGGGGGUCGGCGUGGUGUAUAGCCCGCGGGAGCAUCGGCAGAAGUUCUACCGCGGCCACAGCGACGACAUCAUCAGUCUUGCACUGCAUCCUGAGCGAGUGUUGGUAGCAACAGGACAAGUUGGGAAAGAGCCUUACAUCUGCAUUUGGGAUUCUUACACUGUCCAGACCGUGUCGGUUCUGAAGGAUGUCCAUACACAUGGUAUAGCUUGUUUAGCAUUUGACUUGGAUGGACAGCGCUUGGUUUCAGUUGGACUCGAUUCAAAGAAUGCAGUUUGUGUUUGGGACUGGAAAAGGGGGAGAAUGCUGUCUAUGGCUCCAGGUCACACCGACCGAAUAUUUGAUAUUUCUUGGGAUUUGUACCAGCCAAAUAAACUCGUCAGCUGUGGUGUAAAACACAUCAAGUUCUGGAGUUUGUGUGGAAAUGCUCUGACCCCAAAACGCGGAGUUUUUGGUAAAACAGGUGACCUUCAGACAAUAUUGUGCCUCGCCUGUGCUCGGGAUGAACUAACAUAUUCUGGUGCACUCAAUGGGGAUAUAUAUGUAUGGAAAGGAAUCAACCUUAUACGAACAAUACAAGGAGCCCAUACUGCAGGGAUUUUUAGUAUGAAUUCUUGUGAAGAAGGCUUUGCUACUGGUGGCAGAGAUGGCUGUAUUCGUCUUUGGGAUUUAACUUUUAAACCAAUUACUGUGAUUGAUCUCAGGGAAACAGAACAAGGAUACAAAGGUUUAUCUGUGAGGAGUGUUUGUUGGCGAGGUGACCACAUUUUAGUGGGAACACAGGACAGUGAAAUCUUUGAAAUUGUUGUGCAUGAAAGAAAUAAACCUUUCCUAAUUAUGCAAGGGCAUUGCGAAGGUGAACUUUGGGCGCUUGCUGUUCACCCUACUAAGCCUUUGGCUGUGACCGGAAGUGAUGAUCGUUCAGUCAGGAUUUGGAGCCUUGUAGAUCAUGCUUUAAUAGCAAGAUGUAAUAUGGAAGAGCCAAUUCGGUGUGCUGCUGUAAAUGUAGAUGGAAUUCAUCUUGCCCUUGGAAUGAAGGAUGGGUCAUUCACUGUCCUUAGAGUGAGAGACAUGACUGAAGUUGUACAUAUUAAAGACAGGAAAGAAGCAAUCCAUGAGCUAAAAUAUUCACCAGAUGGCACGUACCUUGCUGUUGGCUGCAAUGACAGCUCAGUUGACAUCUAUGGAGUUGCUCAGCGUUAUAAAAAGGUCGGUGAAUGUGUCGGCUCCCUUAGCUUCAUCACUCACUUGGACUGGUCUUCAGAUAGUCGAUACUUACAGACAAACGAUGGCAGUGGAAAGCGACUUCUCUACAAGAUGCCAGGAGGAAAGGAGGUGACAAGCAAAGAAGAAAUAAAAGGCAUGCACUGGGCUUCCUGGACAUGCGUUGCAGGCCUUGAAGUCAAUGGAAUUUGGCCCAAGUAUUCUGAUAUCAAUGAUAUAAACUCAGUCGAUGGCAAUUAUGUUGGCCAGGUUUUAGUUACAGCUGAUGACUACGGAGUUGUAAAAUUAUUCCGAUACCCAUGUUUGAGAAAAGGGGCCAAGUUUAGAAAAUACAUCGGCCAUUCAGCUCAUGUAACUAACGUCAGAUGGUCACAUGAUUAUCAGUGGGUUAUUUCUAUUGGUGGAGCAGAUCACUCUGUCUUUCAGUGGAAAUUUAUUCCUGAGAGAAAAUUAAAAGAUGCUCUUCACAUAGCACCCCAAGAGAGUCUGGCUGAGUCCAACAGUGAUGAAUCAGAUUCAGAUCUGUCUGAUGUUCCAGAACUGGAUUCCGAGGUUGAGCAAGAGACACAGCUUACUUACCACCGGCAGGUUUACAAAGAAGAUCUACCUCAACUUAAAGAACAAUGCAAAGAGAAGCAGAAAAAUGCUACUUCUAAACGAAGAGAACGCACUCCAGGAACUAGUAUUCGAUUGCACUUUAUUCAUGGUUACAGAGGUUAUGACUGUCGAAGUAAUCUUUUCUACACUCAAAUUGGUGAAAUUGUGUACCAUGUGGCAGCAGUGGGUGUCAUAUAUAAUAGACAACAGAACACACAGCGGUUUUACUUGGGUCAUGAUGAUGAUAUUCUGUGUUUGGCUAUUCAUCCUUUGAAAGACUAUGUGGCAACAGGCCAGGUAGGUAGAGAUCCCUCAAUUCACGUAUGGGACACAGAAACCAUUAAACCAUUGUCUAUAUUAAAGGGCUACCACCAAUAUGGCAUCUGUGCUGUUGAUUUCUCAGCUGAUGGGAAACGCCUGGCUUCAGUUGGAAUAGAUGACAGCCACACCAUUGUAUUGUGGGACUGGAAGAAAGGGGAGAAACUUUCAGUGACAAGAGGCAGUAAAGAUAAGAUUUUUGUUGUGAAAAUGAACCCCUAUGUGCCUGAUAAACUAAUUACAGCUGGGAUUAAACACAUGAAAUUUUGGCGUAGAGCAGGGGGAGGAUUAAUUGGAAAAAAAGGCUACGUAGGCACUCUGGGGAAAAACGACACAAUGAUGUGUGCAGUGUACGGAUGGACUGAAGAGAUGGCCUUUUCUGGAACAUCCACAGGAGAUGUGUGCAUCUGGAGAGAUGUCUUUCUUGUAAAAACAGUUAAAGCCCAUGAUGGGCCCGUGUUCAGUAUGCAUGCAUUGGAGAAAGGAUUUGUAACUGGAGGAAAAGAUGGUAUGGUAGCCCUUUGGGAUGAUUCCUUUGAAAGAUGCCUCAAGACCUAUGCUAUAAAAAGAGCUGAUUUAGCCCCAGGAUCUAAAGGUCUGCUCUUGGAAGAUAACCCAUCUAUACGUGCCAUAUCAUUAGGGCAUGGUCAUAUUUUGGUUGGCACAAAGAAUGGUGAGAUAUUAGAAGUGGAUAAGAGUGGCCCAAUCACUCUUCUGGUCCAGGGACACAUGGAAGGAGAGGUGUGGGGUUUGGCCACACAUCCUUAUCUGCCCAUCUGUGCUACUGUAAGUGAUGAUAAGACCUUAAGAAUAUGGGAUCUCUCUCCUAGUCAUUGUAUGUUGGCAGUCCGGAAACUGAAAAAGGGGGGGCGCUGCUGCUGCUUUUCCCCUGACGGGAAAGCUUUAGCUGUAGGUCUCAACGACGGGAGCUUCUUAAUGGCCAAUGCUGACACUCUGGAGGAUCUUGUGUCCUUUCACCACAGAAAAGAUAUUAUUUCAGACAUCCGGUUCUCACCUGGUUCUGGGAAAUACCUAGCUGUGGCAUCCCAUGACAGCUUCGUUGAUAUAUACAACGUGACGAGUAGUAAACGAGUGGGGGUUUGCAAAGGAGCAACCAGCUACAUCACCCAUAUCGACUGGGACAGCAGAGGAAAGCUUUUACAAGUCAACACUGGUGCUAAAGAACAGCUAUUCUUUGAAGCUCCCAGAGGGAAAAAACAAACCAUCCCCAGUGUGGAGGUGGAAAAAAUUAGUUGGGCAACAUGGACAAGUGUUCUUGGUUUAUGCUGUGAGGGAAUUUUUCCGGUGAUUGGAGAAGUCACAGAAGUAACCGCCUCUUGCCUCACCAGUGACAAAAUGGUCCUAGCCACAGGGGAUGACUUGGGAUUCGUGAAGCUGUUCAGAUACCCAGCUAAAGGAAAAUUUGGAAAGUUUAAGAAGUAUGUGGCUCACAGCACACAUGUCACAAAUGUUCGCUGGACUUACGAUGACAGCAUGCUUGUUACCCUGGGAGGAGCAGAUAUGUCCUUAAUGGUAUGGACAAAUGAAGUGGAGAGCCAUCGAGAAAAGAAGUGCUGUGAGAGUGAAGAGUCUGAUAUAGAUUCCGAAGAAGAUGGAGGCUAUGACAGCGAUGUUACAAGAGAGAAUGAAAUUAGCUAUACCAUCAGAGCCUUAUCAACAAAUAUUCGCCCAAUGUUUGGAGUCAAGCCUCAUUUGCAACAGAAAGAGCCAUCAGUUGAUGAAAGUGUUCUCCUGAUGUUAUUUUAUUCUGCUUGCUCAUUGUCAUAUGGACUCACCAUCAAUUUCCUAUUGUUCCUCUUCUCUUCUGCUCAAAGACAGGGGGUAGUAAGGCCUCCAGUGAGUAGGGCCCCACCACAGCCAGAGAAACUUCAGUCAAACAAUGUUGGCAAGAAGAAGAGACCUAUAGAGGACCUUGUGUUGGAGCUUGCUUUUGGCUAUCGGGGCAGAGACUGCAGGAACAAUGUGCACUAUUUAAAUGAUGGUGAUGAUAUAAUUUAUCACACUGCCUCUGUUGGAAUUCUACACAAUGUUGCCACAGGGACUCAGAGUUUUUAUCAAGAGCAUAAUGAUGAUAUUUUGUGCCUCACUGUAAAUCAGCACCCCAAAUUUAUCAACAUAGUGGCAACUGGCCAAGUAGGUGAUUCUGCAGACAUGUCAGCUACAGCCCCAUCUGUCCACAUCUGGGAUGCAGUGAACAAGCAGACGUUGUCUAUACUAAGAUGCUCCCAUUCAAAGGGUGUGUGUUCUGUCAGCUUCAGUGCUACUGGGAAGCUGCUGCUGUCUGUAGGGCUAGACCCAGAGCACACUGUGACCAUUUGGAGAUGGCAGGAAGGGGCCAAAAUUGCCAGCAGAGGUGGGCACAACCAACGUAUUUUUGUAGCAGAAUUUCGACCAGAUUCAGAUACCCAGUUUGUCUCUGUGGGUAUAAAGCACGUGAAGUUCUGGACCCUGGCAGGAAGGGCUCUUCUCAGCAAAAAGGGGCUUCUGAGCACCCUGGAGGAUGCCCGGAUGCAGACGAUGCUUGCUGUUGCAUUUGGUGCAAAUAACUUGACGUUUACAGGUACCAUCAGUGGUGAUGUCUGUGUGUGGAAAGAUCACAUAUUGUGCAGAGUGGUGGCUAGAGCGCACAAUGGGCCUGUGUUUGCCAUGUACACCACCCUGCGAGACGGACUGAUUGUGACCGGUGGCAAGGAAAGGCCGUCAAAGGAAGGAGGCGCAGUUAAACUGUGGGAUCAGGAACUGAGGCGAUGCCGGGCCUUCAGGCUUGAGACAGGACAAGUCACAGAUUGUGUUCGGUCUGUGUGCAGAGGCAAAGGCAAGAUACUAGUUGGGACAAGGAAUUCGGAAAUAAUUGAAGUUGGAGAGAAAAAUGCAGCAUGUAACAUUUUAGUUAAUGGCCAUGUGGAUGGGCCAAUCUGGGGACUCGCAACACAUCCCUCCAGGGACUUCUUCCUUUCUGCUGCUGAAGAUGGGACAGUGAGACUCUGGGACAUUGCUGAUAAAAAGAUGCUAAACAAAGUGAAUUUGGGACACGCUGCUCGGACAGUGUGUUAUAGCCCCGAAGGGGACAUGGUGGCUAUUGGAAUGAAAAAUGGAGAAUUUAUUAUAUUACUUGUGAGUUCUCUAAAAAUAUGGGGAAAGAAGAGAGACAGGCGAUGUGCAAUCCAUGAUAUCAGAUUUAGCCCAGAUUCCCGGUAUUUGGCGGUGGGUUCCAGUGAGAACUCAGUGGACUUUUAUGACCUGACAUUGGGACCCACACUUAACAGAAUCAGCUACUGCAAAGACAUUCCAAGCUUUGUCAUUCAGAUGGACUUCUCUGCAGACAGCAGACAUCUCCAGGUUUCUAGUGGCUGCUAUAAACGGCAUGUCUAUGAAGUGCCUUCAGGAAAACACCUUGUGGAUCAUGCUGCCAUUGACAGGAUCACGUGGGCUACCUGGACUAGUAUUUUAGGAGAUGAAGUUAUGGGAAUCUGGUCCAGACAUGCUGAGAAGGCGGAUGUCACCUGUGCCUGUGUGUCUCACUCAGGAAUCAGCCUUGUGACAGGAGAUGACUUUGGCAUGGUUAAAUUAUAUGACUUUCCAUGCCCAGAAAAAUUUGCAAAGCACAAGAGGUUCUUGGGUCAUUCCCCUCAUGUGACAAAUAUUCGAUUUACCAGUGGUGACCGGCAUGUUGUCAGUGCUGGAGGCGAUGACUGCAGGUCAGUACUUGGUCAGCCCAGGAAGAGCAGGAUUACCUUUCAGCAGUGAAGACUUGGUAAUUAUAUAGAUGUGGCAAUCAACACAGCCAGAACUUAUCAGAAGAUAACUAGUAAUUUCAAAGCCAUUAACCUCAUAAAAACACACCAAAACGAGUUAUUGUAGCUGGCAAACUCUUCUGAAAAUCUAGAAUGUGAUAAAACUCCUUGUCACUUUUUUCUGAUUGCAGUUUGUUUGUCUGGAAAUGUGUACACAUGCCUCACUGAAAGGUAUGAUGCUGAGAAGACUAAACAAAUCUCACCUCAAGAGACCAGUUCCACGUUGGAAAAACCAAAACCAAACUGCAUGGUCAAGUGGUGCUAACUGAAGACUGUGACAGGGAGGGAUGUGCAGAAUCAUCCACACAGCAGCACACAGACAGACAGUUUAAAAUGCUUGCUGUAUGUACCAACCUAUAGUCCACACACUGCCAGAUAAUUACACUGCAAGAAAUGACUGAGUAUUUAUUUGGUAAAAGCCAACCUCCUCCUCUUAUUGAGGAGUGUGGAAUUUUGGCAGACUUGCCCAGGAGACUUUUAGGGUAUAGCAGUCUUAAAAACAAAAACAAAACAACUUCAUCUCAUUUCUAACGUUUCUCCUUAAGGUUUGUUCGAUGAAAUAUUUCACCCUUAUAAAGGAAAGGAAUAACCAACCAUCACCCGAAUCUGUUUUCAAAAUGCAAAGAUUUUUCUUAAGGGAACUUACAUUAAUAAAGUACCCUCUGCAAAGGCCACUUUAUAGCCUGAACUAAGGAUAGAUCCAGAGUCAGCAGUACAUGGCUACUAUAUUUUCAUUUUGAGCUGUGUUUAGAAGCCAUCUCUAUAAAAUUAUGAAUCACAAUUAUGGCCUCGUUAAUAGGAAAAUAAUACAGUGAACUUCAUUUCCAAGUUUUCUUAAGGUUCUGUGAUAGCCAGAGCACUUAACUGAAAGAUAAUACUGCAUAUUUAAAGGUAUGAUCUAACUAAUAAACAUUUGUUUAUUGUGUAAACACAAGCAUUAAAUUCAUAUACUAAUAACUGGGCAUAAAAUUUUAUAGUUUUGUAUUGAGAAAAAUAAUUUAAUUAGAUGUAUGCCACCCUAUAAGGCUAUUUUCCAAAAUGACUGACUCCAGGUUCAUCUGAAGAACUCAGUCAGAGUCCUUCCACUUAAUGCUGCCAAAGACUGGGACUUCCUGUCUAAGACUUUGCUGUUUAGCCUCACUAAAGUUUCCUCAAGAUGAAAAGUCCAGUAGACUGCUGCAUAAAAAUUUAUUUUUCUACGCGUGAAGACACUGAGGAUGCUCUACUGGCUGUUUCCACUUUUAUUUUACUGUGUGAGUUAUUGUUGUAGCAUUAGACUCCAACCCCUCAGGCUUCUGGAACCCUGUUUGGUUUGAUAUGUUUUCUAUGGCUAAAAAUAUUGUGACUAUUAAAACCAGAAAUGAA